GCUACAUGCGCCACCAUUUGAAAGUCAGGGGACCUAAACUGAAUAAUGCUGAACCUCAAGGGUCGAGCUAUAACUUAGCCCGGAAACUAUCAACUCAUCCCACUGCACCUCCUUUCGACAGCAGCAGCAGCAGAGAAACGGAUAAACCCUCCUAAAAUCCUUGAGCUCAACAACGUAAAGCAAAGCCCUUCCGAAAGACCUUCAAAGGUAUAUAUUGUUGCCAUUGAUUUUCAUUUGCUAUUAUAUUAAGGUUUCCUUGACAAAUAUCCCAUUAUGCUAAAGCAAUUUCACACUUCAAAGCCACAGUCUUUACUAGUUGUAUGCCAUCCAAUAAUUCUAAAGCACCAUUUCAAGUUGACAUCUUUGAGUAUUUCUAAUGGUAUCUGCAAGAAAUCCCAAACCCAUGAUUUGAAUCGCUUAUUAAGCCCCAGAAAUUUAGUCCCUUUCAGCACUAAACCACCUUCUAAAAAUUUGAACUUGGAUAUAUCUGUGAAUUUUUCAUGUGGAUUUCACCCAAAAUAUCGUCUUGGUAACUACUGUUUAAUUACUGCUAGAAGUUAUUCAGCUUCGGAUUAUGGGAAAAUAGCAGAAGGCAGUGAAAGGAAUCUUCCUUGGCUUGCAAAAGAUAAAGCUAAACAAACUAAGAGAAAUGAAAAAGUUGUUAUAAGCCGAUCUUCGUGGGAGGAAUCGGCUGAGAAGUUCUUAAAAGAUGGUCGUUCUGCUGUGAAAAGUGCAGAAUUCAAGAGAUAUGAGGAUAGACGAGACGAUUAUCAGGGAAAUACUUAUAGUGGUGAAGGAGAAGACGAUGAGGGAGAUAUGGAGGAAGUUGAUGAUCCAAGGUGGGAUAAGAUUAAGAACACGUUCAAUCGGAUUAAGGUAAGACCGGGGUCUGAUAGGCCGGAGGUUAGAAGGUGGAACAAUCAAGAUAGUUGGGGUAAAAAGACAUGGAAAGAGGCAACUGAAUCAACCAUACCACGAAUGAUUGGCGAGGGAAUUUAUGGGGUUGGCCCUGUUUUGGCUGCAUUGUCUGCGGGAAGAAGGGAAUUUUAUUCUCUGUAUAUACAGGAAGGAUUGGAUUUGAGUGGGAAUAACCGGAAAAAGAAGGAUAAGAAAGGGUUUGAAAGAGUUUUGAGGAUGGCGGAAAAAGUAGGAUUGAGUAAAAAGGAGGUAUCUAAACAUGACCUCAAUAUGUUUGCUGAUAACAGGCCUCAUCAGGGACUGGUCCUCGAUGUGUCUCCAUUGGAAAUGGUUGGUAUCAAGGAGUUGGAACCUGUUUCAACUGAGGAAGAGAGCACUCCUCUUUGGGUAGCUUUGGAUGAGGUUACUGAUCCUCAGAAUUUGGGGGCAAUUAUACGGUCUGCUUACUUUUUUGGAGCUGCAGGGAUUGUCUUGUGUGCUAAGAACUCUGCACCGUUGAGUGGGGUAGUGAGCAAAGCAAGUGCCGGUUCACUUGAAUUAGUGGAGUUGAGGUCUUGCAAGAAUAUGAUGCAAUUCCUAAAGUCUUCAGCAGAAAAUGGAUGGCGGGUCAUAGGUGGAUCUGUUUCUUCAAGAGCUGUUCCAUUGCGUGAGAUUGUGCCUGGUGCUCCUACAAUCCUUGUUUUGGGAAGUGAGGGCACUGGUCUGAGGCCGUUGGUGGAGAGAUCUUGUACUCAGUUAGUUAAAAUUCCAGGAAACAUCCCCGUGGAUAUAAUUGUCGGAGAAGACGAAGAUGAUCAUAGUUCGUCAGGUCAGAACUUUAGGUCCUUCAUGGCUGUGGAAAGCUUGAAUGUAAGUGUAGCAGCAGGUGUGCUUCUUCAUCACUUGAUUGCCAGCAAUUGUAGCAAAAACAACUAACAAGAAAAACAAGCUAAUGUAACUUUAUUAGAUUUGAUUGCAAUUGUUUCGGCGAUUUUCAUCUGCAUUUUGAUGGUAUUGUUUCUGUGUUGUACAAGGAGUAAUUUAAGUAUGCAUACAGGCAUUUGGUGAUUUUCCUGCAA